AUGGGUCUUCUUUUCAACGUCGUUUUGGCGGUUUUCGCCGCCAACGGAAGUUUCCUGUUCGGAUACGACAGUGGUGUGAUGACCAUUGUCAUACAAUCGCCCCAUUUCCUGGACGUCUUCAACACGGAUGCAGAGUCGAAUAUUAUAGGUGCUAUCAAUGCGACAUUUUCGGGAGGCGCGGUGUUUGGUUCAUUGAUGGGAGGGUUUACGAUGGACAGUCUUGGUCGUAGGAAGACGAUAAUGGUGGGCGCAAUCAUAAAUCUCGUGGGAGCAAUCCUCCAGUCGUCGGCACAGAACCUGGCUAUGAUCCUCGUUGGGCGCAUCAUGGCCGGCUGGGCUGUUGGUGUAUUGUCCAUGUCGGUUCCAAUUUACCAGUCUGAGUGUGCCCAUCCAAAAACAAGAGGCCUCAUUGUGGGUAUUUCCCAACAAAUGAUUGGAAUUGGUUUCAUUGUCUCGACCUGGGUAGGUUACGGAUCAUCAAAGGUCCCUGUCACCAGCUCCUUCUCAUGGCGCUUUCCGCUUGCUUUCCAAUGCGUUCCAUGUCUUAUGAUCAUCUUCGGUAUCAUGUUUUUCCCAGAAUCACCUCGGUACUUGGUGGAAACCGACCGGAGCGACGAAGCACUGAGAGUCCUGCACAAACUGCAUUACGACGGGAACAACGAGGAUUGGAUCAACCAAGAGUUCAACGAAAUAAAGCUCACUAUCGACGCCGAAAGGGCAAUUACAGCACCUGGCUGGGCGAUCAUGUUCAAGGUGAAGACCUGGCGCACGCGCUUGAUGCAUGCGACCCUAAUCCAAAUAUUCACACAGAUGACUGGUAUCAACGUCAUUGGCUAUUAUUCGACUAUCAUGUACAAGAAUCUGGGUAUUGAAGGCGAUCGCAACCUUCUUGUGACCAGCAUCUACAACGUUGUCGGUCCCAUUUUCAACCUGAUAUUUAUCACAUUCAUUCUCGAUCGGGUCGGAAGAAGAAAACCCCUACUGGUUGGCACGAUUGGCAUCAGUAUUGCGCUUAUCUGCGAAGCCGCUGUAGGUUCGCAAGUCGAAGGAGCAACCGGCUCGCGCAAGAACGGUCUAUCUGCGGCGGGAGUGUUCUUCUUGUUUCUGGUUUCUUGCAUCUUCAGUUGCUCUUUUGGUCCCAUUUCCUGGGUAUAUGCCUCAGAGAUCAUGCCACUCAGCAUUCGAGGACGUGGAUCAGCUUUCGCUACAGGUAUCGGCAACUGGCUUGUUGGAACGAUCUGGUCGCAGGUAUCUCCUAAAGGUCUCAAAGAGACCAAGUGGAAGUUCUACUUCAUCUUCGUGGCAUGGAACUUGGUCAUUACAUUGCCGACCGUCUUCUUCAUCUUUAAGGAAACCAAGCAGAAAUCCCUAGAGGACAUUGAUCUACUUUUCGGCGAUCGUGCACUUGGUACUCUACCUGACGACCUGGAUGAUAAGCAAAGGGAAAUCGAGCUUGAGAGAAUUCUUAACGCAAGGAAGGUGCUCGCGAAGGAUAGUGUGACAGCGGUGCACUAG